ACAAGUUGUCGCCAGUAACAAAGCGUAGCAAAUGGAUGAGGCUCAGUUUAAAUAGAGAUGUACAGACUCCACAAAUAACUUUCCUUAUUACUUUGUGCCCUAAAAACGACACUUGGACUUCACGACUGUAGGCCACAGAACUGAAAUUCCGGCCCAGAUUGUUUACACAUUUGUCGAUAUAAGCCUUUUCACAGUUUAAGAAUCGAUUCCACUGCGCAUGCGAUUUUAUCCCGAAUUUCUACCUUCUUUUGUCUAAACCUUCUUUUGUUCUUAAUUAAACAAAAGAAGGUGAGAAAUUCGGGAUAAAAACGCAUGCGCAGUGGAAUCGGUUCUUAAACUAUGAAAAGGCUUAUUACCAAUGACCUGGCUGCAACAGCUAUCGUCAGUGGUAAAACUCACGUCUAAGGUAAUGAAGAAGACAACUCGAUGCUACAGAGAGCUUCAUUUGAAAAUUUCUAGAAAGGCGACACAUAGACAGAACAGACAUAGUUUGGUGCGGCUGGGUGGAAAGAGACGUACUGAAUCAGCAAAAGUUGAGGAUAAAUCGCUUCUACUCCAACGACAAAGUUCAACACAGAGUAGUCUGUCUCAUUUAUAUAGUUCAUAUGACGUGGAUGACAAGGAAGAUGGGAAGACCAAAGGAAAGAAAAAGCUGUCUAAAGAUAUUCAAGUCAUUUGGGCAAAUAAUCCUGAGACAGAUGCCAUAUUCACCAAGCUCGGAGCCAUAGACAUUGUCUUUAGAUACGACAGACUGUUAAAUGAAUGGAAGUGCCUGAAAGAUGCAGAAAAGGAAUUUAAACGAGUAAUGGGUUUGGACCAAGAUAAAGAUCUUGUACAGUGUAUUGAUUCUAUCCCUCCAGACAUGAGGAUAGGCUUCAGUCAUGGGCCAAACAACGACAGUGAAUAUGAAUUUCACUUGGACAUUGAUCCAUUGGUGUCACUGGAAAAAUUAAAUGCCCCAUUAAUGUUUAACCUCAAGCGAGCAGUUCACCUUUUUACAGUGAUAUCUAAACAAAUGAACAUUAUACAAGUUACUGGUGCAGCGAUUAUUAAAGAUUUGGAAAGACUUGUCAGUUUAUUCAAGCUAAAUGAACCUUUUGUUGAAAUUAAUGGUGUUUGGCACAGUGUUGAGCUACUUAAUAGUCAACAGGUGGAGCAGGCAUAUUUGAUCAUUAAAGACAUUGUGAGUUUGACUGGUUGGCGAAGUCAAGCGAUGAUGGAUUAUAUCCUGGAACAAGGUGAUAAAGUUGACUUGCAGGUUAUAAAGGAUGAUCCUGAUAAUCACAAAGUUAUUAUAUUUUCUAAAAAGCUAAGCAACUCAAAGAAAAGAAAAAUGUGAUCAUUCCUUAUCAACUUCAAGCAUUAGGUAAUUUUGUGACACAACGCAUUCAUACCUCUUAAAGUUGGGGCCCCUUAUUACAAGGUAGCUCAGUAGAAAAGGGAACGCUGUUAUCCAGUUAUCCUCUUGGAAUUCUUGACCUGGGGGAGGUACAGAUAUUUUACAAAACUAACAACACCAUAAUUCCAAUCCAAUCUUCUAUUACUGGUAAUCUUUUUUGUUUUGGUAUGCCCUAGUAGACCUCUGUCAAGCAAAUAAAUAAUUAGAGUACAUAAAUGUAAAUGGUAGUAAUUACAGUUACAUAUUGCAAAUUAUAAGACCAUGACAAGAAUCGUACUAUAGCUAUAACAUAAAUGGGAGAAAUGUUCCUUACAUCCCCUGGACAUUUUGAUGAAUGCAUAUAAAAUUAGUGUUCAUACAGUAUUUACUACAGCUUUAAAAAUGGAUACAAAAUAUUUAUGGAGCAAAAUUAAGCAAACACACUAGUUUUGAAAUUGAAAAAAAAUUAAUUUUUGUACACAUAUUAAUAAUUCUUAUAUAAUUAGUAAUAUAUAAGAAUUUGUUACUUGUUUUGCAUCUAAAUUUUGUAUGGCAAUUGAGUAUAACAUUUUUUGCAGACAGAUCUGUUAUAUUUAAAAAUUCUUGGCAUUAAUGUAAGAUGAUAUAUAGAGUGAAAAUUAAUGACAAUCCAAUUUUUUGACUAGUGGUAAGUUAACCAUGCAUUACAAAAUUAUAAUUUUUUUCUUUUCCUAAAAUCCAUCCUUUUUAUUUAUAAAUGACUUUUUGUUUAUCUUUUCAAAUGCAGUAUUCUCUUUCACAGUUCCCUGUGUCAUCUUAAAAGGUACUGUAACUGUGCCUGUCCAUUGAAGUUAGAAUGGCUGUGACCUUGCAAAAUAUGGUAGAAACGAUAGAAACCUUUAUUAUUAUGGCAAAAAUAUAAUUUCUUUCAAUGGAUGGGAUUUUUUUUUAAUGAUGCAAGGGUAUUUCUGGUCUAGUAACACAAUGAACAAUGUAUGACAUGUUUUAAUAAAUGUUUAAAUAAAUGUUACAAAUUCAUACUAGACCAGAAUGCACUUUGUUUUGGGUUUGGAAUAAAAAGUAAAAAAAGAACGAAUUAUAGAGUUUGCUGUUUAAGCUGCCUAUUUGGGUUAAACUGCUAAGGUUUAUAAGGUUGUUUUAAAGGGUUUUGUUGCAAAUUUAUGUUUAACUGCAGGGUAGUUAAUAACAAGCUGGUAUUUGUUUAUAUUCUUUUAUGCCUUUACCC